CGUUGUGUGCCUGGAAUGCAGAUGUUAGUGUGGCAAACCAUUGCAUAUCUAAUAGAUGAAGCCAGUAUGAGUUACAACAGAGGUCGUGGCUUUGGGUUUGGUGGAUUUUCUUUCAACAAGAAGCAGGAGACAACACCACCCCCACCCAAUGCCACACUCAGCAAACAUGGCUACCACACAAUGACAGCCAUUAGUCAGAAUGCUAUAUCUGGAGGGUGUGGAUAUGGCCAGCCCAGGAAGAGACCAAGGGAUGAAGAUGAAUACUUUGACGAUGAGGAUGAGAGCUUUGAUGGUGCUUACCAGCCAGCUCCUGGAAGUCCUGGACCACAGAGGAAAGAAGAUUCAGAUUCUGAUGAGGAUCCUUUGGAUGCUUUCAUGGCUGGUAUAGAGCAAGAAGUUAAAAGAACAAAGACAAAGGGGGCAACUGAGAAGAAGGAAAUGAAAGGUGUGCGUGACGACAUUGACGAAGAGGACGAUGAAGAGUCUUAUUACAGAUAUAUACAGGAGAAUCCCAAUGCUGGAAGACAACAGGAAGAUAGUGAAGAUGAGAUUGAGUAUGAUGAAGAUGGGAAUCCCAUUGCUCCCAAGAAACCCAAGUACAUUGAUCCGCUACCACCAAUUGACCACUCCACAAUCGAAUAUCAGGACUUCACCAAAAACUUCUACCAGGAGCAUGAAGACAUCGCAGCCCUCACACCUCUUCAGACAAAUGAAUUGAGAGUCAAGAUGGGGAUUAAGGUGACAGGCUUUGAUGCUCCAAAGUUGGUAACCAGCUUUGGCCACUUUGGCUUUGAUGAAGCCCUUAUGAAAGCCAUUCGCAAGUCAGAAUACACACAGCCCACCCCCAUCCAGUCACAGGCUGUGCCAAUUGCUCUUAGUGGACGUGAUGCCAUUGGCAUUGCUAAGACGGGUAGCGGUAAGACUGCAGCAUUCAUUUGGCCAAUGUUAGUGCACAUAAUGGAUCAAAAGGAGCUUGCCCCAGAUGAUGGCCCAAUUGGACUAAUUUUGGCUCCAACUCGAGAAUUGGCACAGCAAAUAUACACAGAAGCUCGUAGAUUUGGCAAAGUCUACAACAUACAGGUUGUCUGUGCUUAUGGUGGAGGCAGCAAGUGGGAGCAAAGCAAAGCAUUAGAAGCUGGUGCAGAAAUUGUUGUGGCUACUCCAGGCAGAAUGAUUGAUAUGAUAAAGAUGAAGGCAACUAACUUACGACGUGUCACUUUCCUCGUUCUUGAUGAAGCUGAUCGUAUGUUUGACAUGGGCUUUGAACCACAGGUAAGAUCGAUCUGUGACCAUGUGAGGCCUGACCGUCAGACAUUACUAUUCUCAGCAACAUUCAAAAGAAAAGUAGAGAGACUGGCCCGUGAUGUCCUCACAGAUCCUGUCCGUGUAGUACAAGGAGAGCUUGGAGAAGCAAACCAGGAUGUAACACAGAUUGUGAAGAUCAUGAACACAGGUGGCCAUAAAUGGAAUUGGCUAAACAAGAGACUCGUUGAAUUCAUGUCUGCAGGUUCAGUUCUUAUAUUUGUUACGAAAAAAGCUAAUGCAGAAGAACUUUGCAAAAAUCUGGUUACUAAAGAGUUUGAAGCUCUUCUCCUACAUGGUGACAUGACACAGUUUGAAAGGAAUGAUGUGAUUACUGCAUUCAAGAAAAAGGACAAGCCCAUAUUGGUAGCUACUGAUGUAGCUGCCAGAGGUCUCGAUAUUCCUCAUAUUAAAACAGUUAUAAAUUUUGAUGUGGCCCGGGACAUUGAUACCCACACACACAGGAUUGGACGAACAGGUCGAGCUGGUGAGAAGGGCACUGCAUACACCCUUGUAACAGAAAAAGAUAAGGAGUUUGCUGGGCAUCUUGUUCGAAACCUUGAAGGUGCAGCACAAGAGGUCCCAACAGAAUUGUUAGAACUAGCCAUGCAGAGCACUUGGUUCCGCAAAUCUCGGUUCAAGCAGAGCAAGGCCAAGGCUCUUGGAGGCCGUGGUCUUGGCUUCAGAGAGCGGCCAGGCCUAGGGUCAACACCAAAUAAUGAAUCAUCAGGAGGUGGAGGGGGAGGAAGUGGAAGUGGAGUAGUCAAUGUUGGUCCUGCAGGUCAGGCAUAUGGAGGAGGGGACCCCAGUACCACAGGGCCUGCAACCAAUCGCCUGGCUGCCAUGAAGGCUGCAUUUCAGUCCCAGUAUAAGAGUCAGUUCACUGCUGCAAGUGCAGAAACAGCCUGGCAUAUGGACAGUAAGACACAGAACCAUCCACCACGAGAACGUAAAAGAAAGUCAAGAUGGGAUGACUGAAAAAUUGGAGAAACUGAAGAUUUGUGCUUGUUUGUGUUCAUUCAUCCCAUAAGUGGAUAUUAUAGUAAAUACUCCAGGUAUCAAUAAAUAAAACCAUGGAUAACAUCACAAACUGACAUUUCUGUUUUACCAUUUCCUACUAAAAUUAUUCUAGAAUAACCAUAACAAAAUUUGAUGAUAUUUCCUUACCUAUGCAAUCCCUUUAAUUUAGAAUGGUGGUUGACUCAAAUUUCUUUGCACCAGUGAUACAGUAUUUAAUACAAGCAACUUUUUGCUACACCUUUUGGUACAUGGACAUAUGAUGAUGGCCUUUGAAAAGUCAGUCUGUGCUGUCUUGUGAUUCUUGAGGCUUGUGAUAGAGAGGUUGCUAGAUCGUAGGGUUUUAGUUCAAAGCACCAAGUCUCCCUCUUGCUGAUAUUCAUGCAAAUACUUUCCAAAAUCCAACAGUCACUGAUUUUAUGAAUUGAUUUCACGCUGAUUUGAUGUUAGUUUCAUCUUUGUUGUCAAAUAAUUUUGAUAUAGGUGUUGUGAGGUUUGUUAUAAAUAUAAGCUAAUGAUAGGUUUUGAACAUCACACAAGGUUAGCGUCAUUUUUAAGCACCACCUGAAAUAUUUUGUAGUACUAUAUUUAAAUUUAAAUUAUUAGAAAAUUAUAGUGCAGACAGUAAUAUUUUCAAAUGGGGGAAAUAUCCAUUCUUGUACACACUGACAUAGAAGAUUCAUUGUUGAAUUACGCAAAAAGUUCCUGUAUAUGGCAUUAUUAGUUUUUGGAAGGGACAAAUGAUUUUAUUGUACAGAUGGUUUGUUUUAUAUCCAUGCUAUUUUCAGCAUUCGUGCAUAUUUUUUGUGCAUAUUUUAUGUGACAUGAGUUUUUACAUGGUCCAGCAUCCUAUUUUUUAUCUCAUUAUUUUCAUACUUUAAUAAUGAUAAUCAUAUAAUGGAACUUAUGAAAUUAGAAUUUCUUACUUUCUGUGUGAGGAAAUUAGAAACUAUUAGUAUAAUAGUCAGUCUGAAGUGCACUGUAAAUAACAUGCAUCCAUUGUAGGAUUUUGUAUAGGGUUGCAUUUUGAAAUUGAAUAAAGUUUUAAAGCUUUGA